CAGCCCCAGAACAAUGUCGAUGAGCCCUAAGCAUACGACUCCUUUUUCUGUUUCCGAUAUCUUGAGUCCCCUUGAGGAGAGCUAUAAGAAAGUAAGUAUGGAGAAUAACAACUUGGGGGCACCUCUCACUUCUUACCGGCAGCCGCAAGUCUCACAGGCGGCGAUGCAGCAACACCACAUGGGCCAUAAUGGGACUGUGUCUGCGGCUUACCACAUGACUGCGGCAGGUGUUUCUCAGCUGUCACACACGGCCAUGGGGGGCUACUGUAACGGCAACCUGGGCAACAUGGGCGACCUGCCGUCUUACCAAGAUGGCAUGAGGGGCAGCGCCACGGCCACCGGCUGGUAUGGAGCCAACCCAGAUCCGCGUUUUUCCACCAUUUCCCGCUUUAUGGGCUCAUCGUCGGGGAUGAACAUGGGCAGCAUGGGCAGUCUCAGCUCCCUGGCAGACGUGGGUAAAAGCAUGGGCUCUUUGUCAACCACCCCGAGGAGAAAGCGACGAGUGCUGUUCUCCCAGGCGCAGGUGUACGAGCUGGAGCGACGUUUCAAGCAGCAAAAAUACCUGUCGGCGCCGGAGAGAGAACACCUGGCAAGUAUGAUCCACCUCACCCCUACCCAGGUGAAAAUCUGGUUCCAGAAUCACCGGUAUAAGAUGAAGAGGCAGGCAAAAGACAAAGCCUCUCAGCAGCAGAUGCAGCAGGACAGCGGCUCCUGCCAGCAACAGCAGCAGCAGUCCCCUCGGAGAGUAGCUGUGCCGGUGCUGGUAAAGGAUGGGAAGCCGUGCCAAGGCAGCGGCCACACGCCCACAUCCUCCGCACAGACACACCACCAGCAAGGGGGCAAUGUCAUGAUUAUGUCCAACAACACGUCCGGCCUCGGUCAGCAUCAGAGCCAGCAGGUGGGAAGCACAGGUCACUCUCCAGACUUGGCGCAGCACUCCUCCAGUCCGCCCUCACUUCAGAGCCAAGUGGCCGGCCUCUCCCACCUCAACUCCCCCGGCGCAGAGUACGGCUCGGCCCUGCAGUGUUCAGCCCUGUUAUACGGCAGGACAUGGUGACAAGAGGCGCCGGCUAUGAUUUAAAUCUAAUUUAAUAAAGAAAGAAAAGACAUUUUUAUGUUAAGGCUCGGAAAGUUUCACUGUAAAUGUGCGCACGUGAACAAGAAUCGAGUGAACUCGAGCUCUUCUUGAUUUUUUCCCCCCCAUUUUGAAAGGAAGUGUGACUUUUGUGGAAGAACCACUUGUUCACAAACUGCGGAUGUAAAAGUCUUGGGAUUUAUUUAUGUAAAUUAUAUUGACACAAAAGAAGAAUCAGCAGUCAAAUAGGCCCCAUAGUUGGGAAAACUGAACCCGAACAGGGACGCAGAUAGACUACAGGACUGCUGGGUGCUGUUAAAUUUCCGUCCUCGAACACAAAUGUGAUGACUCUGAUUUAUAAUAGAAUUUAAUGUAAGCCGUAGAUCUAGCUUGUAUAUUUCAGUAAAAGGUUUGAAUUUUAGCUAUUUGUUGUACAAAGUUUUUGACGCUAU